GACUCGCCGUGCACAUGACCCGUGCGAAAUCGCAAACAUGGCCGACACCAUUGUUUUGAUUUUACCACACUAAUUGCGUGUGUGUACGCGCGCGCUCGUGUGUGUGUGGGUCUGUAAAAUUUUUUAACUCUUUUUUUUUUUUUUUUUCAUACUCGAAUUAUUUUUUUACCACCAAAUUUUCACUCGGCCCCGACGAUGCGCCGGCUGGUCUACUCUUGCGUACCUUCCGUUUCCCGUCGAUUUCUGUAACGACACGACGCAUAGGUAGUAUAUACGCUCUCCCGUCUUGUCAGCGUUUCGUCUUCGCCGAUAAUGUAAAUACGCGACGUACGACGACCGGCCAGCUGCAACGUGAUACACACCGCCGUAGCCGAAAAACAAUCCUAAAUAUGGAAAAUCAGGGCCAUCAUCAAUCUUCAGUGAAAAAACGUUCCAUUGACGAUAUCAUAAAUAAUAUAACAUCAGAUCUUCAAAGUUAUGAAGGUCGUUAUAUGGUGUUGGGUAAUCCGAGACAAUCGACUGAUAUGAUGUGGCAGCAAGUGAAUAACUAUGCAAAUCCUCCUCAGCCACAACAUAAUAUUUAUAAUCAAGAACCAAUGAAUUUAACAAACAACAACCCAUAUUUAUUAAAUACUAAUCAGUUCACUCCAUAUAUGCAACCUCAGAAUUCAAUACCAGGAUAUGUUAACUAUGAUCAUCCAGUAUAUCCACAGCAGCAUCAUCCUCAUCAUCAUCAGCAUCAGCAUCAUCAACAGCAGCAGCAGCAACAACAUCAACAACAACAACAGCAGCAACAACAACAACAACACCAACAAACUUCUCAGCAGCAGCAACAAAUGAACUAUACAUACUAUCAACAGCCACAAUAUACUUCUCAUCCUAUGUCAUACCAGGCCCCUACAUAUGGUCUUUUUGAUGGACCGUGUAAUGAUGCUCUUAUUGAAAACCUCGUUCAGAGUUGGAGCCAAACUCAAAGCGGUAGUGGUGGUGGUGGUAGCAAUAAUAAUAGUGUAUUUAGCCGUUUUGGAGAUCAAGCUUUUCAAACAUCAAGAGAAAUGAUUCCUGACCGAGAUAUUAAUGUUAUUAACCAUAAUACAAUGUCUAACCACAAAAAUAUUACUACACCAGUUAGGAAGGUUAGAAUGGUAGCAGAAGUGCGCCCAAUGCGACCGAGCUAUUCUGAUGUUUUAGCUAAAUCUCCUGCUGUAGGGCCAGUAAAAAAAGCUGUAGCUAGUACACAAGUUGAAACGUCUUCAGAUGUUAAAAUUCCAUCUAAAGUAAAAACAACUGUUAAAAAGAAAAAGAAUUCUGCUAAGGUGAGUCAAGGGGAAUCUGGGUUAAGAAGACAAAAUUCAUCUGCGAGUAGUGAAGAGCGCAACACUCCUACAGUAGAAUAUAAAGAGGAUAAAAAGUCUGAAGUAAUAAUCAAUGGCAAUGAAAAAGUGUGGACAUCAUCAGAAGACUUGAACGGAUCAGAAUAUUUUGAAGCUGAUGAAAACGCUUAUAGUAAUAUUAUGGUGCCAAAGUCUAAAGAAAAUAAUAAGAAAGAUAAAACAAAAGUUAAACCUAAGGCGACUGUUCCAUUGUCAAAAAGCUUAGGUCAUACUGUAAAGCCUAUGAAAGAUGAUGUUGAAAAACUCAAGUCCAAAAAAACUGUUCAAUCAAAUUGUAUAAAUGGUGUUGCUAAAAAAGAAAAGUUAAAUAAUGACUCAAAGAAGCAUAAUGAAUCAAAUAAUGUUAAUACAACAACAAAAUUUGAUGAAGUUGAAAAACCUUCGACCAAAAUGUCUUCUAAUGUAUCCCAACCACAACAGACUGCAGCAACUAGCAAAAAUCAGGGUUCUCGUAGUACUGCCACAUUCACAGCACUACCAUUCAAAGCAAGAUAUCAACGUGUAACCAAAAAGCGACCACGUAGCUCUGCCAUUAACACAAUGAUAACAAAACAUUUAAACUUUUUAAAAGCUCAGUUUGUUCAAUAUGCUCCAUUAAUGGUCUUCUGGUUUGUUCAUCUAUUAUGGGAUGUUAUCACCAUGAGCUUACAUUUACUUUUACAUUUAUCAGCAUCAGGUAUUACUCAACUUGCUGAAUUUACUAAGAAUUGUUGGAAGCAUUUUUGGAUUGGAUUGAGCUCGCCGUUUACAGGUGCAUCACAUUGGGCUCGAGUUAAAUGGAAAGAUCAGAAUUCGGGUAACACUCUGCAAACAAAUAUUCCACUGCCUACUACUGGUGAAGAAGCACUUAAAAGGCUACUCGCUUGCAAAGGAAAAGAUCCGUAUAGUAUUUUGGGUGUGACUGUUGAUUCAUCAGAAGAUGAUAUCAAGAAGUAUUACAAGAGACAAGCUGUUCUUGUUCACCCAGACAAAAACAAUCAGUCAGGCGCUGAAGAAGCUUUUAAAAUUUUAAUUCAUGCUUUCAACAUGAUAGGUGAUCCAGAGAAACGUAAACUCUAUGAUAGUGGUAUUGAGCACAUUAAAGAAAACUAUGAUGAACUCAACAAAUUGUUGAAAAAUCUUCAUGAAAAAAUGGCACAAGUUGCAAAUACAAUUAGGUGUACUAGCUGUGGAAAACGGCACAAAAGGAAGCUGGUGUUAUGUCGGCCAAUGUACGCUGCACGCUUCUGUGCAUUGUGCAAUGUGCAUCAUUCCGCUCGUGACGGUGACAUUUGGUCAGAAAGCAGUAUGUUUGGUUUGCGCUGGAAGUACUUUGGAUGUAUGGACGGUGGAGUAUAUGAUAUUACUGAAUGGGCCACUUGUCAGCACGGCAGUCUGAAGCACAUGCGAGCAGAUACUCAUUCUGUGCAGUAUAGGAUAAUAUUUGGUGGCAAACAACAAACUCCCGAGCCGACGGUUUCCCCAUCACCGCCCACACAACAACCCAGAACUCAAGCACCGCCACCACCUUCGACGCCCUUAUUUGAUUUUCAUCAACCUCACCUAGAUGAAUUCUUGAGUUCGUUUUAUCAACAUCCAAUGCCGGGUUCCGCGACCAAUGGUGAAUUUGGAACAACAACAGACAUUCCUCGGCAACGCACCAAAAACAAAAGAAAAAAAUAGAAAAUGAUCUUCCUCGAAUGUGCACUGUUAGAUAUAUGUUUUUCGUUUUCGAAAAAUCCAAUUUCAUAAUAAGUAUCUUAUUUAGACUAAUAAUUAAUAACUCAAACAGAUUGCAACAUUUUGUUUUAAUUUGCGUUUUAAACAUCUUAUCACUUGUACUUGUAUUCAUAAGUACAUUGGCGAUUUACACUGUUUUUCAUUAUCAUUAUCAUUGUCAUCACCAUCAUGUUUAUGUAUGAACAAAUACGCCCCUCAAAUCAAGUGAUAUAUUUUUUUAAUACUUAUAAGCGUUUUAUUAAUUUACUACAUAACAUUAACAUCUGUUUAUCAUAAACUGUUACACAGCUUAAUUUUAAAUUAACCUUAAUAUUUACACUCUGUGUUUUUAUUUAUUGUCUGUUCAAACCUUAAAUUAAAAAAAAAAAAAAAAAAUUUAAAGAGAUUUCUCCUUUUUAAGUUUUAAACCUUUCCCACUUUUAAUUGUGUUUUAGACGAUUUUUUAGUGUUUAACCCAAUCAAUUUAUUGUGUCAGUACAUUAUGUAUAUCUCAAACACAGUAAUGUCAAUUUUGUGAACUUAUUAACGUAAUAACAAUAAAUAAAAUUUCUAUCAAAAAAAUAAUUCAGUAUUAAAACAUUUGUUUCAAAUCCUUGUCAUUGCCCAGUAUUGUAAAGAAUACUUUGAAAAUGUAUUUUAUUAUUCAAAUAAAUUUUUCAAAAGUAUUGAUACUAUUUAUUUUUAUGCACUCCCAUAACUGCACUGUGCAGUUGGUAUUACCACGGUAAAGGUUCUCAACUAAAAAAUGGUUAUUCACUAAAAUUUUAUUUUAUUUAAUGACAAUACUUAUGAUUUCUUGAAUCACAAUUUUUAUUUAUUUCAAAAAGUAUUUAUCGCCACGAUUUCUUUGAUUCUUAAAUGUUCAUCACAAAUUAAUAUGUCAUAACAAUUAAUGACCAGAAUUAAAUGCUCUAAAAAAAAAUGCUAAAAUUGAUGUUUUAUUGUUUUGUUUUUUAUUGGCAGAAUAAAGAUAUUUGCAUUCGUAUGCAUUAAAAAAUGUGUUGUGAAUUAAAUAAAAUAAUUAAUUGACAUUAAUCUGUAACCAUAGUAUUUAUUUUCAAUUAAGUUUUACUGCGUAUAAUAUAUCACUAAUAGUGAUGCAAUUGUGGACCACUGUAAAAAUAUUAUUGAAAUUUAAUUAUAAAAUAAUAUCUAAUUGCUAAUUUA